AUGUUCGAUGGCCUUAUGGGUGGUCUUAUUGCUAUUGCUAUCAUAUUCUUCAUAGCAGCUCUAAUCAUUGGGUGGCUCGGAUGGGAGAGACGGCGUCAAAUCAAGUACGAGGAGAAGCAACUCCCCGAGAAAAGCUUUAUCGAUGAGGAAGCGUCCCAUGCCUCAGAGAAUGAGCCCCAAAAUAAGCCCACUAACAUCACAGCUUAG